UUGUACUAUCUAGUUAUAGUUAUAUUGUACUUCUAAAACAAUUUCUUGUUCAGUACCUAGCGACAAUGAAUCGGAAGAGCAUUGUUGUUUUGUGCACUGUGCUAGCAGUGACAUCAUGUGUUGAGGACUUGACGUUUCCACCUGGAUUCUUAUGGGGAGCGGCCACUGCAGCUUAUCAGGUCGAAGGAGGGUGGAAUGCCAGUGACAAAGGAGAAAGCGUAUGGGAUCGUUUAAGCCAUGAACAUCCCGAGAUGAUAACAGAUCUGACCAAUGGAGACGUGGCUUGCGACUCCUACCACCUGUGGAGGAGAGACAUCGAAAUGGCUAAAGAACUUGGAUUGCAAUUCUAUAGGUUAUCAAUAUCCUGGCCUCGUCUGCUCCCGUCUGGUUUUCCUAACCAUAUCAGCGAGGAUGGCAAGAACUACUACAACAACCUGAUCGAUGGUCUACUGGAGAAGGGGAUCGAGCCUUUCGUUACUUUAUACCACUGGGAUUUGCCGCAAAGUCUACAAGAUUUAGGUGGCUGGACAAACCCUCUCGUCGCCGACUGGUUUGUCGACUACGCAAGGGUCGCUUACACCCUUUUCGGUGACCGUGUGAGGUGGUGGAUCACCAUCAACGAGCCCCUGAUCAUCUGCGACGUGGUUUACAGCUCUGGCAUCCUGGCUCCUCCCAUUAUGAGCCCAGAAGUUGGAGCUCACUUGUGCUCUAAGAACGUGGUGAUGGCUCACGCUAAGGCUUAUAGGCUAUACGAUGAAGAGUUUAGACCUAAGUAUCAUGGUAAGGUAUCGCUGGCUAAUCAUCACAUUUGGUUUGAACCACUGUCGCCAGCCGAUGCUGAACUGGCAGAAUUAGCGAGAGAGAACUGUGUCGGGAAAUACGCUCAUCCGAUUUAUUCCAAGGUCGGUGGUUGGCCCCCAGCAUUGGAGAAGGCGCUGGGAGACUAUUACUCGAAGCAAGGGUACUCCAAGCCAAUACUUCCACCAUUUACUCAAAAGGAGAUUGAAUAUGUUAGAGGAACCUUCGACUUUUACGCCCUAAACCAGUACACUAGUCGUCUGAUCCGCCCAGCGAGGGAAGGUGAGACCUUCGAACCCUGGCCUUUAGGAGACGCCAUCCAACUCAAUGCUAAAACGGAACGAGAUGAGAGCUGGUCUACCACUCUGUCAUUCUGGUUUUUCGUGCAUCCGGAAGGUAUUAGGCGUCAACUGGUCUGGUUGAAGCAACAGUAUGGAGAUAUAGAGUUCGUUGUCACGGAGAAUGGUCGGUCAACACAAGCUGGAUUGGAUGAUCAGGACAGGAUUGAUUACUAUAGGAAGUACUUGAGACAGAUCUUGUUGGCGAUGAAAGAGGACGGUGUCAAUGUGACUGGGUAUACCGCUUGGACUUUGAUGGACAACUUCGAGUGGAUGGAUGGACUUAGUAACAAAUUUGGACUUUACGAGGUGGAUUUUAACGACCCGCUGCGUACACGCACUCCUCGAGCCUCAGCGAACUUCUAUUCAAACCUUAUAAAGACAAACACAUUGGAUUUAGGCACAAUACAGGACGAACUAUGACAUGUGAUAUUAUCAUAUUAUUGUUGUAAAUAUGUAGUCUAGAUGCUUAGUGAGUAAAAAAUAAAAUAGCAAG